CCUCCCUCGCCUCUAGGUCCUGGGCCGGCGGACCCGCGGGCAGGCACUACCGGGCUGGACGACCUCGACCCGGCUCCCGGCGAAGCGCCGCGGAGGAGCUGCCCGGAGCGGAGCCCGGGUACGGGCGAGCCCCUGCAGCCUUCCCCUCGGCGCUGGGCCGGCGCAGAGCUGGAGCAUCCGCGGGGGCCCGGGCACGGAGGACCGACGGCCGGCUGCCCCGCGCCCCGUGCCCCGCGCCCAGCUGCAGGGGCGGCGGCGACAUGUACGCGCGUGUCGGCCUCCUGCUGCGCGCCCUGCCGCUGCUGCUGUGGGGCGGCCUGGACGCCCAGCUCGCCCAGCGCGUAGGCCAGGAGCUGCGCAGGGAGGCGGAGGCAUUCCUGGAGAAGUACGGGUAUCUCAGUGAACCCGUCCCCAGUAGUCCCGCCUCCACGCGAUUCAGCAAUGCCAUCAGGGAGUUCCAGUGGGUGUCCCAGCUGCCCUUGAGCGGGAUGCUGGAUGCCGCCACGCUGCGCCAGAUGACGCAGCCCCGCUGUGGGGUGGCAGAUACCGACAGCCAGGUGGCCUGGACCAAGAGAGUCAGUGCCCUAUUUACUGGACGUCGGGCCAAAAUGAGGCGAAAGAAACGCUUUGCCAGGCAAGGCAACAAAUGGUACAAGCGGCAUCUCUCCUACCGCCUGGUGAACUGGCCCCAGCACCUGCCUGAGCCGGCAGUUCGGGGGGCCGUGCGCGCCGCCUUCCAGCUGUGGAGCAACGUCUCGGCGCUGGAGUUCUGGGAGGCCCCGGCCACAGGCCCCGCUGACAUCCGCCUCACCUUCUUCCAAGGGGACCACAACGACGGGCUGAGCAACGCCUUCGAUGGCCCAGGCGGCGCCCUGGCGCACGCCUUCCUCCCCCGCCGCGGCGAAGCGCACUUCGACCGCGACGAGCGCUGGUCCCUGAGCCGCCGCCGCGGGCGCAACCUGUUCGUGGUGCUGGCGCAUGAGAUCGGCCACACGCUCGGCCUGACCCACUCGGCCGCGCCGCGCGCGCUCAUGGCGCCCUACUACAAGAGGCUGGGCCGCGACGCGCUGCUCAGCUGGGACGACGUGCUGGCCGUGCAGAGCCUGUAUGGGAAGCCCCAGGGCGGCUCAGGGGCCAUCCAGCUCCCUGGAAAGCUGUUCACGGACUUUGAGGCCUGGGACCCCCACAGACUCCAAGGAAGGCGCCCCGAAACCCGAGGUCCUAAGUAUUGCCACUCUUCCUUCGAUGCAAUCACUGUAGAUGGGCAACAUCGACUGUACAUAUUUCAAGGGAACCAGUUCUGGGAGGUGACAGCUGAUGGCAACGUCUCAGAGCCCCACCCACUACAGAAAAGGUGGGCAGGGCUGCCCCCCCAUAUUGAGGCUGCCGCGGUGUCAUUGGAGGAUGGAGACUUCUACUUCUUCAAAGGGAGUCGAUGCUGGAGGUUCCAGGGCCCCAAGCCAGUGUGGGGCUCCCCACAGCUGUGCCGGGCAGGGGGCCUGCCCCCCCACCCGGAUGCUGCCCUCUACUUCCCUCCUCUGAGUCGCCUCAUCCUCUUCAAGGGCGCCCGCUACUACGUGCUGGCCCGAGGGGGGCUGCAGGUGGAGCCCUACUACCCCCGAGGCCUGCAGGACUGGGGCGGUGUCCCUGAGGAGGUCAGCGGCGCUCUGCCCAGGCCCGACGGCUCCAUCAUCUUCUUCAGAGACGACCGCUACUGGCGCCUCGACCAGGCCAAACUUCGAGCAACGCCCUCGGGCCGCUGGGCCACAGAGCUGCCCUGGAUGGGCUGCUGGCAUGCCAACUCGGGGGGCACCCUGUUCUGAAGAUGCCCCCACCUCUUAGAGAACUGGCGCGCUCUCGUGGCCAAUGUGUAUCCCCAGCCCCAAGGGCAGACCCUGUCUGGAAGCCUCUGAGCCUCCCUGCAGAAGUCCAGGCAGGAAAGUUCAUCUGCAUUUGUUCCCUGGAGAAUGUCUUUGUGCUGUCAAGACAUUGAUCUUUGUGGGAUCAAUUCAAUGAGAAGCCGAAAAGGAUCCCAGACCCCACGGCCCUUUCCCCAAAGACUCAUUCCUCCCCAGGCCUUGGGGAUUUUGUUUCUUCCCCUAAAGGUGCAGUUCCUGUCCAUGAGGCCACAGCACUGGGCAACCAGGAAGGAUGCAAAACUCAAUGGAGAAGUUGGGACCACUUUGCAAGACUGUCCCUUGCCCUCAGGGCCUCCUGGCUCCGUCCUUGGAGGAUUGUGUCUUAUUUAAUCAGAGGCCCCACCCCCAGGAAGACUGAAUGGAUUGAGUACAAGGGUCUCCAACCUCAGGGGUGUCAGGACCCAGAACAAGAAGGAGACCGAUGCAGGCCUGCCGGGCCCUGUUUCUUUCAGGGGUUGGGGGAAAGGCUGGAAUAAAGAGGUGCUCCCAGCUGGUGGGCCUGGAGGGGGGAAGCAGCCUUCCUUGGACACGUUUCCAGUGAGAGCAGGUGGGUGUGGAUGCUACGGAGGCUGCAACCAUGUUCUUCCGGUCAAAGCCGGGACCAGUGA